UAGUUGCCUUGAAGCGCAAGUUCAAGUUGCUAGAACUUGUAAGUUGCAACAACAUUGAAUGUACAUAUCCACGGUUACCUACUACCUAGGUAUUCAAAUUUCAAUCUUUAAAUUAUUCUUAACAUUCAACAAUCGACAUUCUGCUUAGUACUACGGCGUAAGUUGUACAUCAUACAGAAUGGGCGAUCUGGACAAUCCAUGAUUUAUGUACCUGGGUACCUACCAUGGCUCCCGGCCAAGGAACGUUCUCUAUCAUACCUAACGCGCCAUGCGCCUUCAAUGGCGACCUCGACACUGACCGAUCCAUUCCUGGCGAGCGGCCUAUGACUAUAAAACAAGUAAAGAAAGCUUAUAGAAAGGCAAACGCAGACAAGGGCCCAAAAUUAUCCAAAGCUGAAAGCCGACGCCAGGAACUCUUCGAACAAGAUCGCAUACGAAGAGAGUUGGAGAAGGAGAAGAACCAAGCUCGCGCAAGGGCUGCAAGAGAGAGGAAGAAGGAGAAGGAAGAAAAGGAACGGGCAGAAAAGAAGAAGAAAGGCUUGCCUCUCGUCAAUGUUCGUCCGUCCCAGGACACAAUUGCUCGCUUUCUUCGCGGUAAUGUGAAGAAGCAGGAUAGUCGGGACAGCCAGGUCAGUCAGAAGAAUACGGUGGUGAAUCUACCUGCUACCACCGACAACGAAACAGAUGGCGGCACUCUAUCAUCCGAGUCUGAGGAUGAUGCCGAGCCACCUCCGAAAAAGCAAAAGAUAGAAUCGCCGGGACCCGUCAGUCCGGCUCGGAAGUGUAGUCCGAGCUCUGCAGGGGUAUCUGAUCGUAUGGCACCGCCGACCAAGCAUCUUGAUAUCGGAGAAGAACAUAAGCCUGCAGAUACUGAUGUGACCGACCUCGCGUUAAUGGAAUUGCUUGACGAUGAACUCCUGGAUGACUCGAUUGAUAUCGCGAUAUGUUCAGUUGAGGAUACGGCUCUUCGCGGUCAAGGAUCGCCCCCGUUGGAAGAUCAGAUUAUUCCCAAUAGCCAGUCACCACCAAAGCCACCAAUACCACCCAAGAUUCAUCGCCCAUCACCUAUUCCCAUGCAGAAGUUGACGCCAGACCAGAAGGGGGAAGAUAAUGUACCGCUACCUCCUGUGCGACAGCCACCACACGUUUUGGAUGCGAACGAUGCGAACGAUGCGAACGAUGCCAAUUCGAAAAUCAGUCAGAAGUCUAAGAGAUCAACACCUGACGAGCCCAACCCAGCACGUUCUUUUCGACACCCCAAAACACCGAUGGGACCGCCUCCAGUUCCACCAAAAUUUAAACCACGUAACCAAGUUACAACUAACAGAGGGCCCAGCACAUCACCAUUCCUACCCAAGCAGGUACAAGAACCCAAUUCCCGACUCGCCACUCAUCCCCCACCCAAACUUAACGAAAGUCCCCUUCAGGGAAUACGAAAAGAACAGCCACCACCAAACACGCAGCUGGCCAUGCUUAGCCAUCUUGUUGACUUAUUCCCCAGUCCUUCCCAAGAAGUAAGGGAGAUCUUCGAUGAACCAAGGCUGAAUACUAGGACGGAUCAUAAGCGACAAAGGUUAAAACCCAACCCUCCCGCACACUUGGAAAGGAACCCUGGCUUUGCUUCGGCACGGAUCGCACCGAACCCUGAUCGCAAGCUUCCUACCACGGGUGAUAACAAAAAGAGAACUUUUGUCCAAAAGAAUGUGCCGUAUGACCGACCAAGAACCUUAGGUUUACCAAUUGUUACCAACAUUCAGUCAUCUACAACCUCGACAAGCUCGGACAUAUACGAUAUGUCCUUCUUUUCGACGCAAGAUGUGUCCCUCUCGUCGCAAGACAUCCAAGAUAUUGAAGAUGAUCUAUUGUCUUUACCCAAGACAAAAACGAUUCGUGAUAACUCUAGCAACUCUAACAACACCCUAGCAAAGCCUAGGCCUCCGCUAGGUCAAAGACAAGCUGGGAAUUCAGGUCUAAAUCCUAGAAGUAGAUCACACGGGCUACCACUUGAGCCUCAAACGCGUUGUGCAUCGAAUGAGCACCCCGAAAAACCACCUACAGCCAGAAUCAAUGCCGCUCCAUCGAGGGCGGAGUGGAAUGGAAGGGCCACAAAUGAUCAACAAUCUGGAAGCACGGCUAAACUUGCUAAGAAGCCUGAAAACCCACCAUCUAUGACUAGUUUUCAUCAAGAGAAAGUGUCUGGUGCAACUCUGAUACAACGUGUAACAUCACCGCACAAUUCACCUAAACCAUUCUUCGCCUCGGGAAGUCGAGGAAUGCCUUAUGGAUACGUGAUAGAAAGAGCAAAGACGACAGCUUGGGAGGACGCUGCAGCUCGGCGAAAGGCUCAGCAAGAAUUAGAUCAUAUCCAAAGAUUAGAAGACGAACGACUUGAAAAAUUAUUGCGAGAAGAGGGCGGCAUAGAAACAGAUAUGGGUGUACAUGCUAGCCGGACAGACUCUCUUAACUCAGGGCCGAUACUAGCAGACACGCGCUCUCAGUCCCAUGUACGACCCUAUACACGACCUUAUACACGACCCCAGGACCCACCACCGCCGCCGCGGUCGAUAAAUCAAUUAUCAAACUUAGUAACGAGUCUAGGAAACCAAAAGAUUGAUGAACCAAACGAAGAGUAUCGACGAAAAAGUCGGUCACGUAAUUCUUAUGAGCAGAUGCUGCAAUUACUCGAGGAUAAAGAGAACCAGAAACCAGAGGAGAAGGUGAUACCCGCAUCGCAGGAAACUGAUUACGGAGAUGCAGGAUUGGAUGAUGUCCUCUACGAAAUGUUUUAGUAGAAGAGAUGAAAAUGGAACUUGGACCAUGAUAUCGGAUCAUGGCUGAUGAGGAGGAUAUGCCCGUAUAGAAAAACGCAUCCAUGGUAGUUUAGAUUUUAGCUUAUUACGAGACCGGUAAAUGAUAGACGAAUUGCGGAAUCCGAUCAGUAAAGAUGUCACGAGGCCGAUGAACAUAUCUGGAUCUCUAUAUGCCCUGUUAGCCUGGUGGAUAUGAUAUCUACCUAGAAUGAAUAUCUACAGUAACACCCAUGCUCACAUCUACAAGUCCUAUAAGCUAAUGUUUUCUUUUAUUUUGAUCCUUGUUGGGCAUAGGACUUAUAAUUCAUAUUUAAUUACCGCACUAAAGAUAAUAUCUCGUGUUUUAGGCUGUCGGCCUGAAUCAGCAUGCUACUUUCAGCCAACGCCAGCCUUAUACCAUCUACCUAGCAGGCCAAUGGCUUAAUACCCUGUACUUACCUAGGUCGUGGCAAAAAAUCUCAUAAAAGCCACUUGGAAAUACCUUUUUGAGCACUCAUAUAUCAAUUAUAACCUUUAUAUACCGAAAUCUUAUGGUUUAUGCUCUAACGGAGACGAGAG